AUGGCGAUGCGACGACCCUACAAAGCUGAUGACGACGAACACGAUCGCGACGACUACGACCGUGAUGAGCUCCCGUUGCACCGCAAACGGGCCUUUGGCAGCGGUCUCAAACGUCAAAAGGUUGAAUUUGUCCGUGCUACAGAAGACGAUGACACCUCUGCAUCUUCACAAAUGACACGCGAGAGGGGCACGGCAAUCAGCGACCUCUACGCCAGCGUCGUCAUGACCUCUAGCUCCGGCGGUGAGACGGCUGGCAAAGGCCUCGCGGGCCAUAAACUCGAGCAGGGCACCAUGUCAAUAUGUGAGACGUGCGGUUUGGAGAUCAAGGGGGAUCCAAAAAGUCAUGAGCAGACUCUGGCCCAUCAGGUCUCGCUACAACACUCGCACCCGCCAUCCCACCUCGACCGGUCCCGGAUGGGCUUGCAAACCCUCCGGUCCCAGGGGUGGGAUCCCGAUGCUCGUGUCGGCCUUGGGUCGCAGGGCGAAGGACGGCGAUUCCCCAUUAAGGUCGCUCUCAAGGAGGACACGCUCGGCGUCGGCGCUGUGGUGCCAGCUGUGGAGAAGAAGGAGAAGGAGGUCAAACUGACCAACAAGGAGCUGAAGCGCGAAGUGAAAAGAGAAAAGGAGCGGACGAAGAGGAUGGAGAGGGAAAUGUUUGGUCGCGCCGACGUCGAGCAGAUUCUGCGAGGGGAGAAGACGGGAGGUGACGGGUUGAAGUGA